CCUCUUCCGCCUCUGAGGGCGUGAAAAUUUCGCCAGCGUGGGAGUAGGGCAGAGCAGCCCCGCUGAGGUCGUCCUCCGUUCCCACCCCCUCGCCCCCGCCCUACGCCACCCCCAGGCACGUCCGGGAAGACGACGGCUUUGCUGGGAGGUGCCAGGGACACGAGCAAGCAGAGCAGAAAUCACUUGGGCGGAGCACCGUCGCCUGGGGCGGUCGGAGGACGUGCAGAGAGGAAAUGGCGGGUGAGGCGAGAGGGGGGCGGCUCCCACCGUCAGAAGGAGCCUAACAGAAAGGAGGACGGAGUUAAGCGGCUAUGCGGCGCUUGGACGUCCUGUUGGUGCUUCUCUUCCUAGGAAAGCCGCUCCUUGGGGUGGCUGUCACAGAAUCUUCUUUCUUCUUAUCAGCACCACAGAAUUUGACAAUUCAAUCAUAUAAUUUUGAUAAUGUAUUGAAAUGGUCUCCAGUUAAGGGGAUCAAUGGCUCAGUGUCUUAUAGUGUUGAAUGGCGCUUUGAACAUAUCUUAAAUGGGAAAGAAAAUUGGGAAAAAGUGAACUGCACCAGUAUUACAAAGCCUGAAUGUGAUUUCAACCAUGGCAAAGAUCAUUACAUAAUAAUUUUACGUGUUAGGGCUGAACAAGGGGAAUUAAAAUCUGCCUGGACAGAAACAUCUCUUUUUCAAGCACGGAGUAACACUAUUUUAGGACCUCCAAGGGCAAUAAAUAUAAGUUCAGAAGGCAAUAUACUACAUGUAAGCUUCUUGCCUCCAUUUGAGCAUAUAGGAAAGCCUGUUGAUUUCGAAUAUAUAAUAUACUUCUGGGAGAAAUCAAUAAGUCAAAAACUGACAAAUUCAGGCAAAAAUAGGAGGAAGACAUUCAGGGAUCUGAAGGAGAGGACUGUAUAUUGCUUUCAAGUACAAGCAGUGCUCCUGAGAAUAAACCUAACAGGCCAAAGAAGUGAACCUUAUUGCAAAGAAACUACAGUCACUGAUGCCACAAGAAUUCUGUAUGUCUCACUGAUAUAUGGAUCUGCAGUUUUUGCACUCAUUGCAAUAUUUGGGUGCAUGAUAGUUAUUCGGAAAUAUCGACAUAUAAUUAAAUCUCUUUGGAAGCCUCCUCUAACAAUUCCAUCUCACUAUGAAGAGGACUUACAAAAUAUUCAAAUGAUUACGGUUGAAGAAUUUCAGAACUGUGCAGGAGAAGACUACUGGGACAGUGUGUCAGAAAUCUCCAAUGCAGAACAAAAACAAGCUGUGACAAAUGAUUUUCCCAAUGAAAAUCAAGUACAUUCACUGAAGGUGGAAGAACAUAGAUGACAAAAUGAUAAAGCGUCUUCAUCUUGCACGUACUGAUGCUAAACCUUAACAUCCACUUGUUGAAUUUCACUACAGAGAAGUUGUUUAAAUGGCCUCUAAAAACAGCUAGCUGCAAAGCACACACCACCUUCCAUGUGUAAAACUGUGAAUUGGAAACUAGGAAUAAAAGUGUUUGGAGGACACAGAUGAAAUGACUUGAUUUUCGAUAUAUUUGAAUGCUUCUCAAAUUACUGGAGGUGUUUUUCUCUCAAGCUUUUUCGUAACCUGGUAAUUCAUCAAACAAAGGUAUUUUCCAUCAGGAUUACGGCAUGAUGAGUCACUGGUGUAGACUAAACCUUGAGACUACAAUGUUAAGUACGCUAGUACAGGAACAAAGGCAAAAGGAAGAGCCUACUCCAGUGAUGCGAUUUAAUUUCAUCUACCAUUUUGUGUGUAUUUUAAAGCCUGUGGCAGUAUCACUUUGAAAUUGUCUAUAAUAUUAAUGAGAAAUCAUCAGAUAAUAGCAAAUAAUUUCUGUUGGUGGAAUGAGGUUAAGAGAUUUUAUCUGCUAUGGAUGAGCAUAGGGCUUCUGCUGAAAAAGCAGGUGGACAAUCUGGAGGUGCUGGUUGACCUCAUUUAGCUCCUUCUGUGGGCUUUGACUGGUGGGCUUGGUGCCAUCUUUACUGACUGAGAUCUUGCUUCCAUCAUUCAGGCAACGGUAAACUCUCAUUUAGGUUACUGUAUCUGUUCUGUGAUGGGUUGACCUUGGAGAUUGCUUGAAUACUUCAGCUGGUACAGACUGCAUCUGCUCUUAUUCAGACAUGGGGGAGCAAUCUAUUGAAGGUGUUUGUUCAUAUCUUCUAAAGCACUGGGCCCUACGUGUUUCCCCCCUUCACUAGGGUUGCUUGAGAUGGUCUUCCUCUGCAUUCUUUAAUAUCUGAAGGGGUGAACCUUUCUUUUGUAGCACCAAUGUUGUGAAAUGCACUUUCUCAAUUAAUUUAGUUACUGUCUUCACUUUAUAAUUUCUAAUGACAGCUGAAAAUGUUUGUUUCAAAAUGGAUUUGCACAUUAUUUUAUUUUGGAUAGUUUUUGUUUGAAGUGUAUAUGCCCUCAAUUUUGUGGUUUUGAAUCUCUUCUUGGCUGUUGCCUUGAAAGGUCCAUUUUUUAGCAGAAAAGCUCUUGACAUAUAGUGAUAAAAUCCUAGAAGCAAUAUGGGAAGGUACAGGCUGCAUGCUGAUAUUUGUUUCUAAUAGGAAUCCAGUUACAAUCAGUGCAUCUAAGGUUUCCUGUACAUACUUGCAAGGUGUUAAGGUUUCUUACUACCCACUGUUUUUCUGCUGGCAAUGGGUAAAUUCUAAUGGAUUUAAUAGAUUUACUGUAUUUUGACAUGAAAAUGGUUUUUACUUAAUAUAUACAAUUUUUGUUAAAAUAAUAUUUUGUGCUGUGUUCUCUAUUUGCCACUUUGGGGUUCCCUCAGGAAGAAAAAGUGGGAUAUAAUAAUAAAUUAAUGAAAAUGAAAUAUACAUGAAAAUGAUAUAUAUCUCCAUUUCAUUUUUAAUCUUUAGUAGAAGAAAAUAAUACAGGGGUGCAUGAGGCUAAACCUGAGUUUAAGAUAAACCAUAAAAUAUUCAACAGUUCUUCCUUGGGUCAAGAUAUGAAAAAAAUCUGUCCCUGUAGUUCUUCCAUUCUUUUUGAAAAAGCAGAAGCCUUAUUGCUAUAAACAAGUUCCUGCCCACUUCAAGUAGUGUAAGCUUUACUGUGGAGUCUUGUGUAAUUUCUUGUAGUUCUUGAUCUUUUUAAAGAACUAUUCCUUUGAGAAGUGGUGGUUACCUUAGCUUUCUGAAGACCCUGAGUAGCACAUUAGAGCUGUUCAAAUCACCUUUGCUCCCAUUUCGUUGAGUACCUUCAUUUUGUAGAUUCAGGUAAAUGCAAGCAAUUCAAAAACUGGGGAAAAAUACCUGAGAAUGGAAAACUCUUAGUGGAGACCAAAAUUAACUGAACCGUUCAAAGACACCAGGUUAACUGAUUUUUAGAAGACUCUCUUAUUUGGAUGUACGUGCUCUUAUCAAAGGACACUGUCAGUUUGAUCAUCAACUAUUUUUAAAAAUGCUUGAUCGAUCAUCCAACUAUUUUUAAAAAUGUAUGUAUUCAAACAACUUCCAGAACAAAUUGUUUAGUCUCUACUGAACUCGCUGAAAGCUAACAUAGGUGUCUCCAUUCUAGUCUAGAUGGACUGCAUUGCCCAAAGAAAUCUUGUCCACCUCCACUGCAAAACAUGUCCUCUCUAAAGUUUAUAUGACACCUGUGCUUCUGUACAAUUUCAUUUUUCUGUGAAAAUUAACUAUUCCUGCUAGAUGUGUUUACUCAGUUUAAUUUUAAACUAUGCCAACAUAAUAUCUGACCAGUAAAAUCUUUUUUUAAGACUCUAUGCAGUGACAUUAUGCACUGCAUCCUGUGUUGCUCUUUAUACAAUUCAUCUAGAGAAUUCUCUAUUCAGUUCAGAAUUUUCCAGACGCUCAGAUUAUUUCAAAACUAGAUGGUUUCUGGCUGAUGUUGGCAAGUUUUUUACAUAUAAGGCAACUUUAUAUAGACCAGCAGUAAGUUAUGGGCUAUAUUUUUGACUCAAAACAGUGUCAACUGCCAAUGAGAUUUUUUUUAAUGUAAAUAAUUUGGGCAACUUUACAAUUUUGUUGUGAUAACUUGUUUCAAAAUUGAUAUAACUAACUUCUGGAUUGUCUUGUUUUUCAUUGUUUAUAUUGUAAUGGCCAUUGGAGAGAAAAAUCCCAACUUGUCAAUAAGACUGUCUCCUGCUUAUGUUGCAGCAGUUACAAAAAAGGGGGCAGGGCAGGUGGGGCCUUGUCCCAUAAGAGAACCUUUGGAGAAAAUGUGUGGAACUAUUUUGGGCACUCUACAACAGACCUGUUUUUAGAAUUGUUGGCUUAUGUUUUGAGAGCUUUGUAAACAAUUUUAUCCUCAAGGAUGUUAUUUCUUUUAGCAGCACCAAUAAUAGUAGUCAAUCCUAGGAAAACUUCAUAUGGUUGUGAAGAACUGUAAGGAAAUUAGCAUGUACAAGUAUAGGUCCUGCAUAAUGGAACAUGAUUAUUGGGCUCACUCUUUCAUGAACUUUGUACUGUGUUAAACCUGUGAAGCCUGAUGCUAGUUCUGCUUAAUGUUUUUGAAGAUGAUUGCAUUUUACACAAACAAUUUGAGCAAGUUGUGUGUAUCAUUGGGUUGCUUGACAUACACCAUGGUGAGUAAAGAAUACUGUCUCUGUU